GGCACACAGAAGUUGGGAGUAGAAAGCAUGGAAAAGCUAAGUGGGUGAAGCAAGCGGAAUUCUCCACCCUCCGCCUUUUCUGACAUUUCUCGUAAAUAUUACAGUUAAGAAGAGCCUUGUUUUUUGUUGGUUUAGACUGGACUCGCUGGGUAGUCCGUCUAUGCAGGAGCGCCGAUCCGGCAGUUUUCUAAACAACUUUGUGCGCGGUGUUGAGCUCCGAGCAACGGUGGAGCUGUUGCCACUCGCCGCUUGUAGACGGAUCUCUAUCCGGUUUUCGCGCUACUGUCCACACUGCCUGGACCUUGUGUGACUCAACGUCCAAGAUUUGCAAAUACUCCAUAAUCCAUCUUGGUAACUAGAAUUUGGUAAUCCUUGGAAAAUAUCAAAUUGGGCGACAUUACAGAAAUCUAAUUGUUUUAAGGAAAACUGUAGGCUAUAUUUCAUUUUUUGAUAUUCUUCAGCUGUUACUUUUGCACCGACAGUGGAUUUGGAUUGUUAAAAUAUAAAACAGUGUAGAACGACACUGUCCACGAUGAGCAAAGCCACCUGUUCAACAAGUGGGUGUUUGGAUAUUCUGAAUGUUAAAUCAAGUCGUAUCUUGGAUAUCCCGUGUAAAGUGUGUGGGGACCGGAGCUCUGGGAAACACUAUGGCGUGUAUGCGUGUGACGGCUGCUCUGGCUUCUUCAAGAGGAGCAUCCGCAGAAACAGAACAUACGUCUGUAAAUCAGGCUGUCAGGGAGGAUGCCCCGUGGACAAAACGCACAGAAACCAAUGCCGAGCGUGCCGCUUGAAAAAGUGUCUCGAAGUGAACAUGAAUAAAGAUGCCGUUCAGCACGAGAGGGGUCCCAGGACGUCCACCAUACGCAAGCAGGUCGCCCUAUAUUUCCGGGGGCACAAAGAGGUGAACGGUUCAUCGACCCACUUUCCGGGCUCGAGCCUACCGGGGCCGCCUUUGUUCACUACGGUCACACAACUGGAGCCACAUAACUUGGAGAUGAGCACAGUAGCCUGCACGCCGGAGAGGCAGGCCAUCGUGGGACUGGCCCAGCCCACCCCGAAGUACCCUCACGAGGUCGGCGGCACGCCCAUGUAUCUCUAUGAGGUUGCUACUGAGUCGGUGUGUGAGUCAGCCGCGCGCCUGCUGUUCAUGAGCAUCAAGUGGGCCAAGAGCGUGCCCGCCUUCUCCACGCUCCCCUUACCUGACCAGCUGAUCCUCCUGGAGGAAGCCUGGAGAGAACUGUUUGUUCUGGGCAUAGCGCAGUGGGCCAUUCCGGUGGACUCCAACACCCUGCUCGCUGUUUCCGGUAUGAAUACAGACAACACAGAGUCCCAGCGGAUGAAUAAAAUAAUCUCCGAAAUACAAACCCUGCAAGAGGUCGUUACCUGGUUCAGACAGCUGCGCCUGGACGCAACUGAGUUCGCCUGUUUGAAGUGCAUCGUCACGUUUAAAGCUGCAGUGCCAACGCAUGACGGGUCGGAGUUGAGGAGUUUCCGCAACGCCAGUGCCAUUGCUGCACUCCAGGAUGAGGCACAGCUCACCCUAAACAGUUACAUACACACCAGAUAUCCAACUCAGCCCUGCCGCUUUGGGAAGCUGCUCCUACUUCUACCAGCUCUGCGGUCAGUCAGCCCAUCCACCAUAGAAGAAGUAUUUUUCAAGAAGACCAUCGGGAAUGUGCCCAUCACAAGGCUCCUCUCUGACAUGUACAAAUCAAGCGAUAUAUGAGUUUAUUUCCGCCAUAUCAACAUUACGCUCACUAGCCAAGAGUGUCUGUUAAGGCUCAUAGACACAAACAUUCUAAUGAGCACGUGACAAAUUGAACUUGAAGAACAUAAAAACCUUGAUUUGACCUAUCUUUGGGUUAGGCUUACGUUUUGAGGAUGUAUACUGAACAGAAAUAUAAACAGAACAUGUAAAGCAUUGGUCCCAUGUUUCAUGAGCUGAAAUAAAAGACCGCAGAUUUUUUCCUUACGCUCAAAAAGCUUAUUUCUCUCAAAUUUGGUGCACAAUUUUUUUUAUAUCCCUGUCUGAGCGUUUCUCCUUUGCCAAAUUAAUCCACCCACAUGAAUGGUGUGGCAUAUCAAGAAGCUGAUUAAACAGCAUGUUCAUUACGCAGCUGCACAUUGUGUUGGGAACAACAACAAAAAAACAUUCUAAAAUGUGCAGUUUUGUCACUUAACACAAUGCCACAGAUGUCUCAAGU